AUGGCGACCCCCUCCCCCCCGCGGCCGGCCUCCAAGGAGUCAUGGUCCUGGCUCAAGAACUCCUCAAAGAAGCUGCUCCCCCUGGACACCAUUCGGCUUUCAGCUCUCCUUGAGGACUGCUCUGACCAGCUGGCCAUCCUUGGCUACAUCAUGCCUGUUUCCUACGAGGGACGGAAAGACGUCAUGAACCUUGAUCAACAAGGGAUCCAGGACAUUCUUGGGAACCAGAAGGAUCUGAGCGUGAAGUACCAGAACCUCAUGGACACAAGAGCAGAGAUCCAGGCCAAGGUUCCCACCGAGAUCGGCAAAGUAGCAGAACUUCGGCGGCGGCUGAUGGAGACCAGCACUGAUCUGAAGAGGGCAAACCACCUUUUCACCAUGGCCACAAAGCAGAGCAUUUUGUCCACAGAUGUCCUCAAGAAGGUUCAAGCUGACAGGCAAUACUCGAGCACUGUGAUUGAAGACACCAUGGAUGAAAUGCUGAUGCUGAGGACCUUCCACUCCUUGCAGUUAGCCGUGAAUCUGGAAAAGGAGAAGAAGAAUUACCUUCAGAACCUGAUCCUCAGGGAGGAAAAGGGAAGGAGGAAGAUAAAGAGUCUCCAGAAACAGCUCAGCGAGGUCAAGAAGGAAAAGGAUCAUGAGGUCCAGAGCCGGAAUGAGAUGAUUGCCUACCUCAAAGACCAGCUUCAGGAGAUGAAGGCCAAAACUGACAUGGAGAAUCGCUAUGUCAAGAAGGAUGCCGAGCUCCAGGUAGCUCAAGCGCAGAAGAAGUGUUCUGAGACAGAGAACGAUCUGCAAAAUGAAAUCGAGAAGCUGCGGAAUGAAAUGGACCAAGAGAUCAAAAUCCACCUGGACAUUGAGAUGUUCCUUAAGCAGCAGCAAACGGGCAUAGAAGAGAAGCUGGAGUACUGGAUGGACAGGUACGAGAAGGACACAGAGGCCAAACAGCAGGCACUCAACAGCCUGAAGUCCUCAAGAGCAGCGGACCAGGCGGCUCUGCAGGAACUGGCCAAGCAGUGCCUUGCUUGCGAGCAGGCGAUAAUUGAGGACCGGAAGGAAAAGGAGAACACGAGGAAGAAGGUCGAACAAGAUGCGCUGGAGAUGAAGAGCCUCUUGAAGCUGCAGGCAUGGUGGCGAGGCAUGAUGGUCCGCAAAUUCCUCGGCCCUUACCGAAAUCUCAAAAAAUUCCUGGAAGAAGAGCCGACGGGCAAAGAAAAAGGGAAGAAAGGCAAAGGGAAACCCGGGCCCAAGAAGAAAAAGUGAUGGGAAGAGAGCCCAUCUAUGGUAGCAUCCUCACGUUCAGCUUGUGCAUGUCGGGGAAGGGGGCAACUCUGUAUUUGCCCAGAGGAUUAGAAAUAAUUAGCAAUAUGAUCUCCUU